AUGAAAGCGGACGAAACCACGAGGCUACUGGAGAUCACCGAUUCAAGAACAGUCAUGGGAGGGGUCCUAGAAUGGAAACAGAAGCACGAGGACCAGGGAUAUAUCAUGCAGAAGAACGCACACCUGGCGAGGGCACUUAUUGCCGCCCUUAGGAAUAGAAAAGCGCGGACAGCCUUUAAAUGGGUUAAAGGCCACAGGGGUCACCCGCUAAACGAGAAAGCAGACAGGUUAGCAGGCGAAGCAGUGGCAAGGGAAAUCCCGGAUGAUCUGGCGAUCAGCACCCCGCCAAAUCUACGCCUAUCGGGGGCGAAGCUAUUCUGCAUGACCCAGAAAUUAGCAUAUCGCGCGAUAAGGUCAAUUAAGGAGAAAUCCCUACCACGCAGAAAGCGGACUGAAAAGAACCUAGAGAACAUUGAGGCCAAGAUCAGAGAAGGUUUCGGGAUAUACCCCACCAACCAAAUGAUAUGGAAGGGACUACGUUCACGACACAUCACCUAUACAGUGCGAUACUUCCUUUGGAUGGCGAUACACGAUGGAUAUAUGAUCGGAGACCAGUGGAUGCGCCCUAACAUGUCAGCUGAGCUACAAGAACGGGCAACAUGUAAUAAGUGUGGGAGCACAGAGUCGAUGGAGCACAUCCUGUUCCAGUGUGAGGCGGCGGGGCAGCAAAAGAUAUGGUCACUGAUGAAGGACGCGUGGUCACAUACGAAGAUCCCCUGGAGGGAACCAGGAUGGGCGCCCGAAACUGGCCUACCCUUUCCGGAAACCACAAGCGCCUACUAA